UCCCAAAUCUAUUUUAAGAUCGCAAACAUGAAAUUUAGGGAGCAUAUGCAACUAAAAUGGUCGCAAUUUCGAGCCUUGAUGUAACUCGAUUCACUUGAAUAUACAUCACAAAAGGGAAGAAAAGACUUUCACAACUUCUGUUUCAUGUCAAAGGGUGUGAUGUAACGUGUUUUUGUUUUCACACAUUGAUCACAAGUUUGUUUGUCACUGGCUUUCCAAAGAAGACGAGUGCUGACUACAUCUACAACAAACAAGGAACAAGAUCAUUUAAUGUUUGACGGUUAAGAGCAGAAAUGUCUUAUAAUAUUUAUGAAGAGAUCAGGACUGAGUCUGAGGGAAUGAACACAGACAGAAUGGAGAUGAUAGUGGAAAUCUAUGAGAGUGUAGAAUGUAUGAGAGAUCAUGACUUCAGGACAGAGACAAACACACACCAACCACUUCAGCGUACAGGAAGUGAUUGUGUGAAGAUCAGAAGCUCCAGAGCAGCUGCAGUGUGUUUGGUGCUGCUGUGUGUUCUUCUGCUGACUGCAGUCAUAGUGCUGUGUGUCCACAUCCAUACAAAGAGCUCAAACUACACAGCAGAGACACACCAGCUACUAACUAACAUCACCAACCUCACACAAGAGAGCGACCAGCUACUAACUAACAUCACCAACCUCUCAGAAGAGAGAGAUGGGCUGAAAAUAAAGAACGAAUACCUGACCGAUGAGAGGGACCAGCUACUAACUAACAUCACCAACCUCACAGAAGAGAGAGACCAGCUACUAACUAACAUCACCAACCUCUCAGAAGAGAGAGACCAGCUACUAACUAACAUCACCAACCUCUCAGAAGAGAGAGACCAGCUACUAACUAACAUCACCAACCUCUCAGAAGAGAGAGACCAGCUACUAACUAACAUCACCAACCUCUCAGAAGAGAGAGACCAGCUACUAACUAACAUCACCAACCUCUCAGAAGAGAGAGAUCAGCUACUAACUAACAUCACCAACCUCUCAGAAGAGAGAGAUGGGCUGAAAAUAAAGAACGAAUACCUGACCGAUGAGAGCGACCAGCUACUAACUAACAUCACCAACCUCUCAGAAGAGAGAGACCAGCUACUAACUAACAUCACCAACCUCUCAGAAGAGAGAGACCAGCUACUAACCAUGAAUAUCAACCCCUCAGAAGAGAGAGAUGGGCUGAAAAUAAAGAACAAAAAUCUGACCAAUGAGAGAGAUCAGCUACUAAACAAGAACAAGGCCUUGACAAAUCAAAGGAAUGAAUUAACUAAAGAAAGAGACCAGUUCAAUCAGGAGAGAAAUGAACUGUGGAAGAUGCUCAAUGAAAUUGAUGAAUAUAUUUAUCAAUCCAGUCUUUACUUCAUUUCCAUUGAGAAGAAGAACUGGACUGAGAGCAGAAGAUACUGUACAGAGAGAGGAGCAGAUCUGAUCAUCAUAAACAACAGAGAGGAACAAGAGUUUGUUAAAAAGAUAUCUGGUGACGCUAAAGUCUGGAUUGGUCUGACUGACAGUGAUGAGGAGGGCAGAUGGAAAUGGGUUGAUGGCACCAACAUGACCUCUGGGUUCUGGAAUUCUGGAGACCCAAGUGGAUUUAAAAAAGAGAACUGUGCUUUGUUAUAUUCAUCAGCGUGGCAAGAUUAUCCCUGUAAUGAUGCUUUUAAAUGUAUCUGUGAGAAAAAUAAUUUUAAAAUUAGCAAUUAAAUUAAAUAUAUUUUAAUUAUACUCAUAACUACUACAGUAUGUGAAAUGUGUUGUAACUGAGUCAAGUUUCUUAAUAUUCUCAUCAUCAUAGCUGUAAAUAAUGGCAGUUACUACUUGAAUGGAGGGCCAAACCUACAAAAACAAUAAAUAAAUACAUAAAUAAAUAUACAGUUGCAAGAAAAAGUAUGUGAACCACUUGCAGAAUCUGUGAAAAUGAGAAUAAUUUUAACAAAAUACGAGAGAUCAUACAA